AUGUCCGCGGCUUAUGUGCUCCGAAAAGCGGACGACAUCAUUGAGCAAGACCGACUUGAUGCUAAGGUAGCUGCAAUUGUGGAGAUGAUUGGCGGCUUUCCCCUUUUGACUCCUUUGCAAACACUGGAUAACAUCUCCAAGGUGGUUGAUGUGGGUUGCGGUACUGGUGUUGCCACCGUCCAGAUUGCUACACUAUUACCCUCUACCACGAUCUAUGGUCUCGACCUAAGUCCGGUCCCAGAAGCAUCAAAAGACAUGGCGCCAGGUAACGUUGUUUGGGCUCAAGGAAACGCAUUGGAUGUUGACUACGACCAACCCGGCAACGACAUAAUGAGCCGCGAGAUAUUUACCCCCUGA